AUGUGGGAGUCUGCACUUAGCGCCCGCGACCUUGUUCUCCAGUCGGAGGGGCCCCUAGGGGUUCCUCCAGGAGCUUCUGGGGUCCCUGAGGGUCCCGGCAUGCUGGGGAACAGGGGAGGGGGAGCUCUGGGUGCUCUUGGGACCCGCCAGGAAGAUGAGCUGCUGAAUACCACUGCUAGCCUGACGGCAGGAUUGCCUGGCGUUGGAUUAGAUUACCUCAAGCAGCCAGGGGGAGCUCGGGCCUGGAUACGGCCCAAGCCCCAGUUCGUAAUCAAGACGCGGGUUAAAGGGGGAACGAAACUGUUUCUGAACAUCUGCAGCCACGAGCAAGUAGACCCCUGGCACUACAAAGAACUCUUGGCAGAAGAGGGGCAGGGCUCCCAAGGCGGCAUCCGAAUUCCCAUGAGCAUAGGUCCCUGUGCGCAGACGCUGCAGCGCUGCGCAGCAGACCGAGAGGCUCGGGGCAUUCUCACGCAGUUCACGUGCGCAGGGGUGGCGCGCAAGCACCAACUCGAGCUGCAGCAGGGGGUUUCUUUCCCCAAACUCACCUACAAGGGUUUGUACAUCCGCGCCUCUAGGCCCUUAGCCUCUCCCGUUACUGAAGCCCCCCACUGCCAUGGCUUCCUCACGGCAACUUGUGCUGUCUGCUGGCCCUCAGGCUCGCUUCCGCCCCCCAUGCAGCACAUCAGGGUGACACGCGAGGCCCAAAUUGAGCUGCUGCACCCUAGUGCAGCAGCAGCACCCGCUGUAGCAACAGCGCCAGCAGUAGCAGCUGCCGUGGAUCCAUCGAAAGGCGAAAGCCUGUCAGAGCAUUUGGUGUGGGACGCAAACUUCGCAACUCCUCAAGACGCAGCGGCUUAUUUUGCCCAUCUUUCAGAGGGUCACCAAGAAAAGCAGCCAAAGCUCUCCCAGGAAGCAAGUGCGCAAGGCUUGCGAGAGUCCCCCUGGAUAGCUAGCUGGGCUCGCAGCAAGAGCAGCAGCAGCAGCAGCGACAGCAGCGACUGCGGUAUCGACCGGCUUAUUUCCGUCGGGGCCUUUCAAGCAGCAUCUCUUCAGUCUCCCGGCUCUGCCUUUGCUGGACUUGAGAAAGGCAAACAACGCGGCCUCAAGAAAGCUUUUCUCGUGACUUCUCCAGCGGCAGCAGGUCGCAGCAGCAACUGCUGCACGCAGCAGCAAGCUGAUGCUUGCAGCAACAACCCAGGUAAGGCAGCAGCAGCAGCAGCAGCUCUUUGCUCUCGCUGCAAGGCGCCCAGGCGGCGGUGCAGCUGCAGAGAAGACAGCCUGGCAUGGGAGUUCAAGUGUACCUACGCCCUAAAGAUAAGUGACCUCGAACUUGUGGUCUCCCCACUGCGUGGGGCCCUUUGGGGCAUUUCAAGGAGCAGCACUGGGCCUCUCAAGGGCUGCAGCCUUGCCUUCCCGUUACGGCUGCGAUCUAGUGCUGCCUUCGCAUUGGUGUCCACCUACAGCAGCUGCGAGGAGGCCCGGAAGGCGCUGCACCAGCUGCAGCAGCAGCAGCAGCUGGAAGAGCUCGUGCCCCUCAGCCCGGCAACUUCAGGAACUCCAGAGGAGGCCCAGCAGCAACUCAAAGACUUAGCUGCGAGGCCUGCUGCGUUCUUGCUGACAGUCUGUCUACUUGUGGACGCUGCAGCCGAAACGGCUCUCGCGCGCAUUUGUCCCGCUGCUGCUGCAGCAGCAGAGAUGGCGGCAGCAGAAUUUGCAGCAGCAGAAGACGAAGCAGCAGAUGCAGCAGCAACGGCUAAUAAGGAGGAACUCGUCACGCGGUUACAAGUGCAGAUAGACGAAAGCGACUCUUCAGACGACUGCUGCAGCGUCGCUUCAGACAGCAGCAGCAGCAGCAAAACAGCAAAACUAGAAGACAGCAGCGGCAGCAACAAGUUCAGCUUGGCAACAGCCAGCGAAACAUGCGAACUGCGGACGCGUCCAGGCGCAGCGCAGUCCUCCAGCAGUCCCCCUUCAGAGGACCAGCGGCCCCAGGGGCCCCAACAGCCUCUGGGGCCCCCGGGGCCCCAGGGAUCCCCGAGGCCCCAGGGACCCCCGGGGCCCCAGGGGCCCUCCGGGCCCACAUCCUGUGCUGCUGUACGUGAGCAGCAAACCCAUAGCCUUUUGCCGCAAGCCGCGCCUGCCCAGCGCCCCCCUUGCUAUUCGGAGGGGCAAAAAAAAGUGGGCGAUUGCAGCGGGGCCCCACUGCCUGCGGAGGAGCCGCUGCUGCUCGACGAUGAACUCUUGUGA